AUGGAGGCAUUUAGAGUGGUGCUACAACCUACACCAUCCUCCUCCUCUUCUUCUCCCUCCUUGGCGUCUUCUCUGUGGAGGCCUGAAUUAGGCACCGUGGUGGCAGCAGAUGGCAGCAACGGGCGGAGGGAGCACAUGUUCGACAAGGUGGUGACUCCGAGUGACGUCGGGAAGCUGAACAGGCUGGUGAUCCCCAAGCAGUUCGCCGAGAGGUUCUUCCCGUUGGAGCCAGAUAUGGCCGACAAGGGGGUGUUGCUCUGCUUCGAGGAUGCCGCCGGCGAGCAGUGGAGCUUCCGAUACUCCUACUGGCACAGCAGCCAGAGCUACGUGAUGACCAAGGGAUGGAGCCGCUUCGUGAAGGAGAAACACCUCCACGCCGGGGACACCGUCUCCUUCCUCCGCGCCCCCACGGUGCAGCCGCCUCUUCAUUGA